UCACGUGUGGGAUUGUGUAUAUGCUUGAGCGGAUGGGAGGAGGGUGAAAGAUAAGGAGGGAGGGCUUUGCAAAGAGAGAUGGGGAAAAAUUGCACCUCUCUCCUCCCUGUGACGUCUGCACCGGCCCGGUCCCGGGCAACUGCCGGCUUCUGGUCCCGUUUUAGAAGAACCUCUCCACUUGCUGCUUUUUCGCCGACUGCGCGCGGUGCACCGAGGAUCCGUGUUUGACAACACGCUGCCAGCCUCGCUGCCAGCGACGUGCCCCCCCUGCGCGCUACUCCGAGGGAGUGAAAAACAGCAAGAAGGAUCGAACGAGCCCAAUAUUCAGAGGAACGGAGGAAGACGAGAAGAUGCUGACGGCAGCUGUUGUGCUGGUGGUGGUCGCGCUGGGCUUGAGCGCGGCUCACUCCAAAGUGAAUAAACACAAGCCGUGGAUUGAAACGUCAUACCAUGGGGUAAUCACCGAAAACACUGACGUUGUUCUGCUUGAUCCGCCUCUGGUAGCUCUGGAUAAGGACGCCCCCAUCCCAUACGCAGGGGAGAUCUGUGCAUUCAACAUCCAUGGGUUGGAGGCUCCUUUCGAGGCUGUGGUACUGAACGGUACGUCUGGGGAGGGCCAACUGAGGGCUCGAGGCCUGGUGGACUGCGAACUGCAGAAGGAGUACACCUUCAUCAUUCAGGCUCAUGACUGCGGUUCAGGCCCAAGGGGCACAGAGGUCAAAAAGUCCCACAAGGCAGUGGUCCAUAUUCAAGUCAACGAUGUUAACGAGUUUGCUCCAGUGUUCCGGGAGCCCGAGUACCAAGCUGCAGUGACAGAGGGCAAGAUUUAUGACAGCAUCCUACAAGUGGAAGCCACUGAUCAGGACUGUUCACCUCAAUACAGCCAGAUCUGUAACUACCAGAUCACUACAAUUAACACACCCUUUGCUAUAGACCGCAAUGGUAACAUCCGAAACACAGAGAAGCUGAGCUAUGACCAUGAGCAGCAGUAUGAGAUCCAGGUGACGGCCUGGGACUGUGGCCAGAAGAGAUCCUUGCACAGCGUUCUUGUUCGAAUUGACAUCAAGCCUGUCUGCAAACCCGGUUGGCAAGGUUGGAAUAAACAAGUUGACUAUGAACCUGGAACAGGAAGCAAACAGUUGUUUCCGAAAAUGCAUCUGGAGACCUGUGGUGGGCCGCUGUCAUCUGCUAGGACUACAGUGGAGCUGCUGACCAGUCACAUUGGAAAGGGAUGUGACCGUGAGACCUACUCUGAAAAGUCCCUGCAGAAACUAUGUGGGGCCUCAUCGGGCAGCACUGACCUUCUGCCUACCCCCUCCGCUGCCACUAACUGGACAGCUUCUCUGAUGACAGACAGCGGGAGGGACAGUGACUUGAUUUUCAGGUUUGAUGGACACCAGGCGGCUAAAAUCCCAGGCUGGGUGGUCCCCCAGAACUUGACGGACCAGUUCACGAUAGCAACCUGGAUGAAGCAUGGACCCAGUCCUGGUCUCAGGGCUGAAAAGGAGACUCUUCUUUGUAAUUCUGACAAGACAGAGAUGAAUCGUCAUCACUACUCCCUGUAUGUCCACAAUUGCCGCCUAGUGUUGCUACUAAGGAGGGACUUUACUCAGGUGGAUACCUUCAGACCUGCUGAGUUCCACUGGAAACUGGAACAGAUCUGCGACAAGGAAUGGCAUUACUACGUCAUCAAUGUAGAGUUUCCAGCGGUGACACUCUAUGUGGAUGGAGUGACGUAUGACCCCUACCUGGUGACUGACGACUGGCCCAUUCACCCAUCACAGAUUGACGUGCAGCUCACAGUCGGUGCCUGCUGGCAAGGUGGUGAGGUGACCAAGCCAAGGUUUACUCAGUACUUCAGAGGCAGUUUAUCUGGAUUGACAAUCCGACCAGGAAAGAUUGAGAGUCAAAAAGUAAUUUCCUGUCUACAGGCUUGCAAAGAAGGACUGGACAUCAACUCCCUUGAAAGCCUGGAUAAGAGCAUCAAGUUUCACUUUAACCCAGCUCAGUCCAUUCUGGUGAUGGAGGGAGACGAUUUAGAAAAUGUGAAUGCUGCAGUGAGAAAGGUCUCCUACAUAAACUCUCGACAGUUUCCAACUCCAGGGGUCCGACAUCUUCAGAUCGCUACAACUGUCCAGUGUUUUGGUGAAGACACUUGUAUCAUCAUCCCUGACAUUGAGGCAGUAGUAAUGGUGUUGCAGCCCAGCGAGCCCAGGAUAACCAUAACUGGAUUGGAAAGACAGAGUCGGCCUGCUUCUGACCUCAGGCGACCGGAAGGUGUUGCGCUAUUCCAGCAGCUCCACAUCAUCAGCACGGUCACCAGGGGAGAUGUUGCCCCUAAUACAGACCAAAGACCAGGACUUCUGGAGGAGAUCAUUCACAAUUUGGACUACUGUGACAUCUUGGUAUUGGGGGAGGAGUUGAGGCCUGACCAGGAGUCACUCCAACUGCAGCGCAGCAUUCUGCUUGGAAAACACCUCGAUGCCACUAAUUCCACUUCUGGGAUGUCCAUAUUUGGUGUGGACUCCAUGGCUAACUACGAAGAUGUGAUCAGAGAGGUGCGUUACUACAACUGGCGACCGGCACAGCUAACAGAGAAAAGGUUCCGUCUCACAUGCUCGGAGCUCAACGGACGUUACACCAGCAAUGAGUUUAACUUGGAGGUGAGCAUCCUCCACAGUUCAUCGGUCAGAGAACAUAUCAGUCAGACCAUGGCGCCACCUCAGCACAUGAAGUUAGUCCACUAUCCAUCUAUGAUUGAUGAACUGUACCCCGAGCAUAGCUCAGGGGUGCCCAGUGCUGCCACAGUGGUUAUUGUAAUGUGCAUCGCCACCCUGGUAGUGGUGGUGGUGUUAGGCAUCUACCACAUCCAUCUAACCCACCAACAAGAAGUCAAGCUGUCUGAGACUACUAAAGAAGAAGACGGGGCCUGGGACAACUCAGCCCUGUCCAUCACCGUCAACCCAAUGGAGAAUCUGCAGGAUCCCCAGGCCGCAGAGGAGGAGGCCAGCGAGGAAGAGGAUGAAGACGACGACGAUGAGGAAGAGGAAGAUGACAUCACCAGUGCAGAGUCAGAUGACAGCGAGGAAGAAGUGGACGUCCAACUACCCAGGAUGCAGGGAACGAAGCGAAUGAACUGGGACAAAACAACAAUACCUUAUUGAAACUUUCAAUCAUAAACAUACAAGAAGUGAUUCACAUGAUCUAUAUGUCUGUCAUAAAACAUCAAAUAUGAUGGCUGACUCACACUCACUUAGUGGCAUCGAAAAAUGAUGUAAUAUCUCCCCCUACUGGACUAAAAUACACCCAAACGCCUUCGACAUCAGGUAUUAAAAAAAAAAAACUAAAGUCAACUGGUAAAAAUCUAAAUUUUCCCUUGGAUUUAAAUAGACACACUAUUAGCAACAGGGAAUAUUUAUUUCGCAUUUCGUCACACAAUUGAGUUGAGUUUGAUGAAAUACAUUCUGCAGAGAUUGACAAGUUCCAAAAAGGUAUAUUGUUAUUUUGGUUUGUAUACAAUGUGUAAUGUGUCCAUCUUAAUCCAGCCCUUGUGGCAAAUUCAGGUGAUUUUACUGAAAUAGCAUAUUGUCAAUGGAAUUCUAAAAUAAAAGUAACAAAAAAAUAAAAAAUAAAAAAAAAAGUGAGAAAAGGAACAGUGUGCUGACCAGAUGUCAUGUCAAACUCAACAAGGGGUUAGACUUUUGUGUUUUGGGGAUAGACAGAGAAAUGCCCUUGUACAUUUUUAUACACUAUCUUGUAAAUAGAGAGUAUAGUAAGUGAUCCCCUCCUACUACCACUAUCCUUACCACAUGCAUACACACUUGACCCAGAGACUCUCCUUUCCACCUGUACAUAACAAAUGUCAUCUCACUUCAUUUUCCAUGUCCACACUUCCGAAUCUUUACUCUGCAGAAAUAGUUGGUGGUCCCGCAGUCCCUUUGUAUGUUUCAGCUCAGUGUUCAGUUGGGUUUGUGUUUGGUAUGUUUGGAUGUGUCACCGUCUCCUUGGAUACUACAGCAGUUUACAAGAUCCACUAAGCAAGCUGUACAUAUUUUCAAAAAGAACCAAGCCUUAUGAGUUUAAAUAUGCACCAUCACGGCUUCUGGACAAAACAAAGGAUUUAACACAGACUAUAUGAUUUGUAUCUCCUGCACGCCAACACAAAUCAGAACACAGCACCUCCAUUCUUACAUUUAACAGACUGUACUGUAUAGUACUACAAACAGUGGUGCAAGCUUUAGCUGAUAAUAUGGCUGUAUUAACUAACACAGACAAGAAGAAGGAGGAUGUCAUGACAUCUAUUUCAGCAUUUUUAUGGUAAAAAAGGUACUGCUCCCACCACUUCAGUAGGAUUUAAGGAACUUUGUCAUGCCAGCACUCAUUUUCACAUCAGAUGGCACGAAAUUAGUACCCGAAGUCCCAGAUUUAGCCCAAUAAAUCUCCAAAAGAGACCUACUGCUUGUAUGAAUGAGAAUAGAAUGAAAAAGAUAAUAAAACUGGGAUAAAUACAAUACAGUGGACCCCCGCUAUACGCGGCUGAUAGGGACUGGGCUGGACCGCAAAUAGCGAAAAUCAGUGGAUAAUUUACACCUAUUAUAAUUGCAAUGAAAAAAUUAUCAUUUUUUUUAACCCCAAAAAAUCUUGGAUAAACAGCCAAUAAGCAUAAGCAAAAAAAAAUAAAAAAAAAGAACAUUAAAAAAGCUUUAUUAAAAAAGUAAAUAAAUCUGCGAAAAGGUGAAUCUGCAGGAACUUGAGUAUGCGGGGGUCCACUCUACUAAGAAAACAAUACUACUGUUGGUUGUUUCUUCUUUCCCAUUUUUCCUCUAACCAUAGUGCAAAAACAAAACAAAAAACAUAAGUGUGGGUAUUACUGCAAGCAGUCAGAAACCAUACAUAUUGGCUAUCCAACAGGUGCAACAAUGUAGAGUCAAAUAGGUAUGGAUAACAAUAGAUUUAAAAAUGUGUCAUAAAUGGGAACAUAUACAUAAGGAGUUCCCAUUUGGGAAACUGUUUUCAUCAUCCUGCUGGAAUCUUUGUUCUGUGUGUUCAAUAUUAAGGUUCCCAUCACACUGAUACUGAUUGGCUACUUUUAAGGUGGUAAGUAUUAAGGAACCUCAAAACAAAAAUGUGAUUAUAAUGAUGUGGCACAUUUGAUAUAAUUAAAAAAGCCCCACUUCAAUGGGUGGUUUUCACUUUUUUUUCCUCUCUCCAGCUUUAACUCACCUCUGAAGUUUUAUAACAAAUCAUACAUUAAGCAAAAAUGCCCUGAGCUGCCAAAACUGAGUAUGUGUAUACUGUAGCACUACUAUAUGUUGAUGUAAAAUACCUGUUGUUUAAAAGUUUAUCACAUUAGUCUUGUGAGGUCAUCCCUUUCACUACCUUUACUCAUCCCCUGAAACCUUUUGGUGGGUUUUUCCAUCAAGCCCUAAUGUUGACCUAAUGUUUGUUUUAGAAAAGGAGGACGAUGCAGUUAACAUGGAAACCAUGUAUAUUGUGUAAAAUUUUGUUUUAAUUGCUUUUUUUUUUUCCUUCCAUUUUUUGACUCUUUGGUCUAUUUUGCUUUGGAAUGGUCAGUCACUACAGCACUUUCUGUAAAUUGGCCAAUAAAAUCUUGUUUUGGAAUCUA